UUGUCUGCAUCAAAUUGCGCCUAUCUCAGUCGCUAGAGAGCGCUUCGCACGUGCAUUACGCUCGUUCGCGCUCGACAUUUCAAUCAUUUUUCAUAAAAUAAUCUCUGAUAUCAUAACUGCGCAAUAAACGUAAUCAAAAAACUUAAAAAAAAAUAAAACGUAUAUUUUUACAAUUAGUUAAUAUUGCAAUAAUAUUAUUUGUAUUAAUUUACAAAGAGCACGCUGCUCACUGUGAGCUAUACAUUACGCGGGAAGACUUGGAUAUUGUUAUUGGAUAUUGAGAUCACACACUCAUCGUGUCAACUCCGAAAAAAAAAAAAAUAUAUUAAAAAUAUUAUCAACUUCACACAUACAUGAAUAUUUACGCGGGAAUUAACGAAUUUUUAUUACACGCGUGUUUAAUAUUUAUCAAAAAAAUAUAUGUGAUAAAAAGUGUACAAGUGUGAUUGAAAAAAAUAAUAAUUUGAUGAAUCACGUGCUAAAAAAAAAAAUUAUAAAUUAUUUAUAAUAUUUUUCUGUUUUUUUUUUCGUUUUUUUUUUUUGCUAUUGUGAUAUAUAAAAAUAUAUUAUAAAUUUUAAUGAUUUUUGUGCAAUAUAAAAAACAGUCAAUUAUAUAUAAUUUUUUAGUCUAUUGAUUUUUAUAUAAUAAUAAAGUGAAGUUAACUGUUUGGAGUAUAGUGUGUGUUGUUGAGAAUUGAGAUAGUUGGGAACAUCAGCGACUCCCGCUUCAUCACGGCGUCCAAAGAUUCGAAUACCACGUAACCAACCCAUUCGCCUCGACUCGGAAACACGCAAGUGCGUACAACGUUGCCACUUUUAUUAUAAAAAUAUUAAAAAAAUAAAAAAAAUUUAUAAGAUCCCGCGCAACUAAAGCGACGAGUCUUGAAAGUACCAGCGACGAUUUUAACUCUCGCUGUAAUUCCAGUGUUGCCAGGGAAAAAAAAAAAAUACAUUUUUUGGAGUUUAACACUUUUUGGAGUAAAAACAUUGUGACAAAGAACAAAAAAAAAUAAAUAAAUAAAAAUAAACAUUACAGUUACAAAAAAGAAAAAAAAAAGUGUACAAGUUUUUUAAAAAAAAUACACACAGUUUUCAUCUACAAAAAUAAUAAUAAUUAUCAAAAGUAAAAGUUAAAUAAAUAAUAAAAUUAUUUCCGUUCUAAAUAAUAUAUUACAAAAAAAAAUUGUUUUUGUGAGUGGAAGACUUCUCCCGCCAUUCUUUCAAAAGCCAAGUUGAUUCUACUUGGCAACGAUAAAAAAAAAUACAUAUAAAAAGAUAAUAAUAACAAUAAUAAUCAUAAUAAAACAUCGACACAACGUUGCCAGGCGUAAAUCACUGAAACACUGUGUGUUUGUGUUGUGCGUAUAUAUAUUAAAUUAUAUAUUUUUUUUCUUAUUUUACGCAACGGGUAUCUCUCUGACGUUCUGUCUCCACAAAACUGACUGAGACAGAAUAAUAGACAAGCAUACAAAUAGUGUGCUAGUAAAUAAAUAAAAAAAAAACAAAAAAAAAUAGUUGCUACAACGAGUUAUACAAGUUGUGGAGUAAAAACAAAACCAGGACCAAGUCAGAUUGUUUUCAUUUGAUGAAAACAUAAUAAAAAAAAAAAUAAAUAAGUUGGUAAAAUUAAAAAAAAUAUGAGCGCAAGGGUGAUGAACCCGGCGAUGAUGACUGAGAUGAGUAGAAAUAUAGGUGGUGGAGGUGUUGUUGGUGUUGUUGGACGAGCAUCACCAAAUCGUGCUGCAUUAGCUCGUGUCCGACGGGAUUUAUUUGGACCAGUUGAUCAUGCAGCAGCGCGGGCGCUUGCUGAACGUGAAUUAAAAGCACAAUCAAAAAUUGAUUCUGAACGUUGGGAUUUUGAUUUUCGUCUUGAAAUACCAAGUGGUAAUACAAGAUAUGAUUGGCAAAUUAUUGGACCACAAGAAGUUAUACCAGAACCAUAUGCACUAAGAGGUAUGCCAUAUUUACGUAAACAAUGUCCAGAAUCACCAAGAAAAAACAAUAACAAUACAUCACCAAUGAAAAUUAUUAACAAAAGAAAAACAACAUUAACAACAUAUUUAAAUGAUGCAUCAGCGAGUUGUGCUGAAAGAACACCACCACAAGAACCAAGAGUACCACGUGAAAAUACAAAUGCUGAUGAUUUUAUGAUUAAAACAUCUGGUAAAAAAACAUGUACUGUUUUACAAGAACCAACAACACCAGUUUCUACUGUAUCUGCUAGAAAACAAACAAGUAUCACAGACUUUAUGAAGAGCCGCAAACGCACGCUGAAUGGAAAUACUAAAAAAAGUAUUGUAGAACCACCUGAAAAAAUAACUCGCAAUGCGGGUCAAAUACGCAGCUAAAGAUUCAUCAUUAUAUUAAUUUGCGUUUUUUUUUUUUUUUUUUUUUUUUUAUUACUUUUAAAUAUCAUCAUUGUCAUCCCUGAGACUGUGACUACAUAAAUGUGAAAUAUUUUUAAUCAUUUAUCGAAAAAAAAAAAAAAAAAAAAAAUUAAACUAUCUACUUUGUAAUUAUUUUCAUAUUCGAAAAAUGAAAAGUUAAAAAAAAAAUAUAUAUAUCUAUGUAGUAUAUAUAUAAAUCUAUGCGAGCAUUCAAAAAAAAAAAAUUGUUAAUUAAUUUAAAAGGAGAAAAAACAACCGUGACAUUAUUUGAUAUUGUAAAAUAUUAUUUAAUAAUUUUUAAAAAUAAUUAACAAUUAAUAUUUGAAUGCUGCAAAGUCUUUUGGCUGUGCCAUUUUUUUCACGUAGAUUUAUCCACCUAAGACGCGUAGAAAAAAUAAUAAAAAAAAAACUAUUUCGCGUUACGUUUGUCGGUGCCAUUGAGAGUUUAAAACUUUGCCAUGUUUUAAACUUUUUUUUUUUAUAAUAUAAUUUACUGAAUUAUUGGUUUUUUUUGUUUUAAUUUUUUUCACAUCGAUAAACGUCGUCUCGUGACUCGUUGGUGCAAGUUAACAAUAGAUGGGUGAAGGCAAUUGUUGGAAAUGGUAUUUACUUUUGAGGUGGAUAUAACGCGUAAUAAUCAUUGUCCCAA